UGAAUUGCUAUAUAACCGAAGGGACCGUUCAGUGAACACAGUCUGUGUCAACCACUCGUGUCUCGGAUGUGAUUGCAUUGCAACUGAUUUGUCACUCAAUACACAACACAUCCGACUCAACACAUCCCACACAACACAUCCCAUACGACGGCAGAGUGUGUGAUAUGAGCGACAAUAGUGUGGACAACACGAGCGUCUGGUCGUUGAUGUCUUUGUGCACCGUUUGUGGCAAACCAUUGCUCGACAGCCAUAAGAGUUGCCCACAACUCAUGCCCUGUUGUCAGCCGUCCUCUUCAGCCGCCAAACAACUCAUGAAUCGCUUCAUUCACACCAACAGUGAGUUUCAAAUCCGUCACUCAAAGUCUGAUCCAGUGAUACAUUCGUCCGCAAAGAGUUGCAAACUCUAUAUCGAGAGAUCUGACUGCGAGACCAACAGCGAACUCAACGCCGAAAUUGACACCACAUUACUAUAUCCUCAUUGGUUCUCAUCGUCCUCUUCAUCGCUAACAUCACUCGACUCUACCAUUAGUGCCGAAGACUUAAUACACGAAAUGGUGACAAUUGAGGGCUUAAGAACUCUAUACAACUCUUGCUUUGAAUGUGGAGUGAGUUGGCAUCAAAAUCACGUCACUCUUGACUGCAGUGAAUGCGGUGGUUAUGCGAUGUCUCGUCCCUGUCCUGAAUGUGACGGCAAAUGUGAUUCUCAAUGGCAAAGAAACCUAACAGCA